UGCAGCUUUACAGACCUACCUCGGUUGACUUGUGCCAAACACCAUACAUAGUUCAUCUCACGACACCGUGUUGGCUAAAACUUGUUUUUUCUGCUAUGGAGCGCAAAGUUGCUCGAGAGUUCCGCCAUAAGGUGGAGUUGCUGAUUGAAAAUGAAGCAGAAAAAGACUACCUUUAUGAUGUCCUUCGCUUGUAUCAUCAGUCCAUGGAAUUGCCAGUGCUUGUUGGGGACCUGAAGCUGGUAAUCAAUGAACCAAAGCGUUUGCCUCUGUUUGAUGCCAUCCGGCCUCUCAUCCCACUCAAACACCAAGUGGAGUAUGACCUGCUAACCCCCAAGAGGUCCAGGAAGCUGAAAGAGGUGCGUUUAGAUCGGACACAUCGUGAUGGGCUGGGACUGAGUGUUCGAGGAGGGCUGGAGUUUGGAUGCGGUCUUUACAUAUCACAGAUUGUCAAAGAUGGCCAGGCUGGGAAUGUUGGCCUUCAGGUUGGUGAUGAGAUUGUGCGUAUCAAUGGAUACUCCAUCUCCUCUUGUAUCCACGAGGAGGUCAUAAGUCUUAUCAAGACGAAGAAAAUCGUAUCACUCAAAGUCAGACAUGUGGGGAUGAUUCCUGUAAAAAGCUCAUCUGAUGAACCCCUCAAGUGGCAGUUCGUGGACCAGUUUGUGUCUGAUUCUGGGGAGAAUAACAGCAGUGUUGCUGGUUUGGUAUCGAUUGGAGGGAAGGAGAUCAAGGAGAAAAAGGUAUUUCUCAGCCUGGUGGGCACCAAGGGUAUGGGUAUCAGUAUUUCCAGUGGUCCCACACAGAAACCUGGCAUAUACAUCAGUAACGUCAAAGCAGGCUCACUUUCCGCGGAGGUUGGACUUCAAGUUGGAGACCAGAUUGUGGAGGUGAAUGGAGUGGACUUCACCAAUGUGGACCACAAAGAGGCUGUGAGAGUCCUGAAAAGCAGCAGGAGUCUAACUAUUACUGUUCUGACAGGAGCUGGCAGUGAGCUGUUUAUGACAGAUGAGGAGCGGCUGGCAGUGGAGGCUCGCAGGCAGCUGGAGAGGCAGGAGCUGAUGCAUCAGAAGAGAGUGGCUCUUGAGACCAACAAGAUCCUUAAAGAGCAACAGGAGAUGGAGAGGCAGAGAAUGAUGGAAAUCUCACAGAAGACUGCAGAGGAAGAGCAGCGCUACAAAAAGGAGAUGGAGAAGAUUGAGGCAGUAGAGAGGAAACACCACAGAGAUUGGGAGGAGGAUUAUGGAACUGAAGAGCAGCCCCAGAGUCGUCAGAUUCAGAGGAGCCCUUCACCUGCCCCACCUGAGAUCAAAACCUCCCAGUCUCCGAAGGCCAAAAGUUCUCCAUUUGGCUGGUUUUAUCGGUAUGAGGGGAAGCUCCCGUCAUUCCGCAAGAAAGGAGAGAAGAAGAAGAAAAAGAAAAAAGUGUCCAACACAGACACACUGCAGGAGCAGAGAAAAAACAAAAAGGAGAUGGAGUUUGAGCUAAAACUGGCCAAGGAGAAAGAAGAGAUGUACGAACGAGAAAAGCAGUUGAAAAUCAAUAGGCUGGUUCAGGAGGUUUCAGAGACAGAAAGAGAAGACCUAGAAGAGUCUGAGAAAGUUCAACACUGGGUUGAGAGUCUUUGUCAGACUCGGUUGGAACAAAUCUCUUGUGUGGAGAACGAGUCACCAGAGCUGUCACCUCCACUCUCCCCUACUUCGGAGACCAUGGUGAAGCGUUUCCCAGGAGGUCUGCACCUGGCCACCACUGACCUCGAUGAUUUUAACCUGGAUGAGGUUGAUCAAAGCUUGAAGGGGCCGCUUAAGAGACUAGCCCCCACCCAACCAAUUAUGAGCCAGCCUCCCCCUCCCUUGCCUCUCCCACCGCCCUCGCCUAAACUAAACCCCACCAUUCCCAACUAUUCUUCCAAAGCAUUUCCCCAGCGUCAUCCACUGCCCCCACCCAACUCUGACAAACCUGCCUCUUCUAAAUUGACCAACAAAGGGCGUAGGCUUCACCCUUCCCAAGCCCCUCAUCCACCUCUGUCUACCCAUCCCCCAUCAUUUCCUCAACCUACACCAAGACCUCCACCGCCGCCCCCUCCUCCACCACCGCCUCCCCCACCUCCACUUCCCCCACUCCCGCAACAAUCGGAAGAAAGAGUUGCCGCCUUUAGUGGAUACCACCGCCAUCAUCACCUCCCUCACCCUGCCAGUCCACCUGGAGGCAGGAGUGAGUGGGAGACAGGUGGCUACCUGCCCAGAGGAGGCAUCUACUCGUCCAACACAAGUGAAAUGUCAUACCCUUCUAGUCCUAAGGUCAUGAGAAAUACAUCCCAUGCCAGUCGCAUGUCCACUCCUUCCUUGCAACUCGCACCAAGUCCUCCCAACCAUCGGCGUCCUACAGUCCCUGUCAUGUCAAAGCCUGUAAUGCUGCCUCAGUCGCAGAGCCUGCGACCAGAUUCACACAGACCUGCUGUCCGUUCUGACGGCCUGGUAUGCAAUGACACGCUGCAGUCACGUGAUUCACAUUAACAGGGUUAUAAAACAUGCAUGUGACACAGCUAAUGGCUGAAAAGGUCAGCUCUGGUACUUAAUUAAAAUGUUCCAACACUGCAGCUGCUUCAUGGAAAAUACAUCU